CAGGUGCAGCUGAAGAAGAGCUGCUGACAUAAUACGAGGCGUUCAGGCGGGCCAGCAAUUUUCGAGACUCAACAGCACUGCAAAGACGCGCUGGAUAAUGAUGCACUGGGAGCUUUGAGUAGCUGCGAAUUCACGCAACCACCGCCAUUCCAAGAACAAAUCAGCUCCGGCAAAGUGCCUGAGCUGAAGGAGAUUAUCAAGAUGAUCCAAUUAAAGACGAUGCUGACCUGCAUCGACAACUCGGGCGCAUCCCUGGUGGAAUGUGUUAUGGUUGUCGGCCAGAAGAAACACGCUUCUAUAGGUGAUCGGAUAGUCGCAGUCGUCCAGAAACAACGAAAUGCCCAGGCCGCGGGUAUGUCUGGCCUCUCCGCCGCUACCAAAGUCAAGCGCGGCGAUAUCCGGCACGCCGUUGUCGUGCGAACGAAGCAGAAGGUGCAGCGAAGGGACGGGAGCGUGGUGCGGUUCGACGACAAUGCUUGCGUCCUGAUCAACAAGGCUGGAGACCCCGUCGGAACACGCGUCAACGGGAUAGUCGGGCAAGAGUUGCGUCUCAAGAAAUGGAGCAAGAUCCUCAGCAUGGCGCCCAUGCAAGCCUGAGCAUGCCAUGAGCGAGACUGCAAGAAGAAGAUGCGUCAAGGCCUCGGGUUGAACGGUCGAUAUGGCUGUGGGUACGGAAUGGCCCAAGGGACAAUUUCCACCUUUGGCAACCCUAAUCGAAAGACUUUAAUGACAUGGAGCAGACACCAUGAGAGUCUGGAAAUAGGGU